GGUUCGAUGUUUAGAGAUUUGUCAAUACGGCACAUUUGAGUGAAAUUUUGUUUACUUCUACUGUUUCAUAAAUUAAAAGUUAUAGGACACCUAAAACCCAAGAAAUCUGAUCAGUGAUUGACUUAUAUAUAAAAGAAAAUAUGGGUGAAUCCAACGAGACUGUCAAGAUCAACAAAUGGGAUGGAGCUGCUGCAAAGAACGCAAUUGAUGAUGCUGUCCGAGAGGUUUUCACUGGGGACUUGAAGUGCAAAGAAAGUUUUGCUCUUAUUGACGGUCGACUUUUCCUGUGUGCUUUGGCAGUAGGUGUGGCACUGUAUGCAUUGCUGUGGGACUAUUUAUACCCAUUUCCAGAAUCCAGACUGGUCCUAAUUGUAUGUGUCUCAUCAUACUUUGUUCUUAUGAGCAUUCUAACUUUAUACACCACAUUUAAAGAGAAGGGUAUCUUUGUAGUUGCUAAAGAAAAAGUUGGGAAUGCAACAAGGAUUUGGGAAGCAAGCUCAUAUGUUAAAAAACAUGAUGACAAGUAUAAUCUUGUACUGGUAAUGAAAAAUGCUAAUGGUAAAACAAGAGAGGCUUCCAUCAACAAAUCAUUUGCCAACUAUAUUGACACCAAUGGAGCAGUUGUCCCAAGUGCUAUCUCCAAUGAAAUCACUAAACUGUAUAAUUCCUUGUCAUCUGAGAAGAAGGAGAAAUAAUUAUUUUUUAAGUGAUUCCAAUAAACAUAAUAUCUUCACUUUAUUUCUCAAAAA